UAGAAAUCGCCACAUCUUUGUCAGUGAACAAAAUGGCAACUUACUGUCUCACCGUCGCGCGGCUGCAGCUUGCUCUGGGACAUGGCGCACGGCGGCUGCAUGUGGCAGCCGCUUAUAGAGCCAAGGCCCAAGUAUCCAUGAGCCGCUUCGAGCCCACCUCCUUUGUCAGCUACGACAAGCUCCAGUCCAAUGUUGAUGUUGUACGCAAAAGACUCAACCGACCUCUUACCCUGUCAGAGAAGAUUGUAUACGGCCACCUCGAUGACCCCCACAACCAGGAGAUCGAUCGCGGGCGUACUUACCUUCGCCUGCGCCCCGACCGCGUGGCCAUGCAGGACGCCACCGCGCAGAUGGCCAUGCUCCAGUUCAUCAGCAGCGGCCUGCCGCAGGUGGCGGUUCCCUCCACCAUCCACUGUGAUCACUUGAUCGAAGCCCAGAUCGGCGGCGAUCAGGAUCUGGCCAGGGCGAAGGAAGUAAACCAAGAGGUCUACAACUUCCUCGCAAGUGCCGGUGCAAAAUACGGAGUUGGUUUCUGGAAACCUGGUUCUGGGAUCAUCCAUCAGAUCAUUUUGGAGAACUACGCCUAUCCUGGUGUGAUGCUCAUCGGCACAGAUUCCCACACACCAAACGGCGGCGGACUCGGUGCCAUCUGCAUCGGAGUCGGAGGCGCUGAUGCUGUGGAUGUCAUGGCAGGGAUCCCCUGGGAGCUCAAAUGUCCCAAGGUGAUCGGGGUGAGGCUGACGGGUUCCCUCUCUGGCUGGUCGUCACCAAAAGAUGUCAUCUUGAAGGUGGCUGGCAUCCUGACGGUGAAAGGCGGCACCGGCGCCAUCGUCGAGUACCACGGACCGGGUGUUGACUCAAUUUCCUGCACUGGAAUGGCCACCAUUUGCAACAUGGGAGCGGAAAUCGGCGCGACGACUUCCGUGUUCCCCUACAACCACCGCAUGAGGACUUAUCUGGAGAAGACUGGGCGCGGAGAGAUUGCCGCUCUGGCUAACGAGUACUCCGAUCUGCUGGUGCCAGAUAAAGGCUGCGAGUACGACCAAGUCAUCGAGAUCAACCUGGAUGAGCUAAAGCCCCACAUCAACGGUCCAUUCACCCCUGACCUGGCUCACCCAGUGUCCGACGUGGGUUCCGUGGCCGAGAAGAACGGCUGGCCACUGGAGGUUAAAGUUGGUCUGAUUGGCAGCUGCACCAACUCGAGCUAUGAGGACAUGGGCCGCGCCGCCUCCGUGGCUAAGCAGGCUUUGGACAAAGGCCUGAAGUGCAAAGCUCAAUUCACAGUCACCCCCGGCUCGGAGCAGAUCCGCGCCACGAUCGAAAGGGAUGGUUACUCCAAGAUCCUCGGUGACGUCGGAGGUGUCGUGUUGGCCAACGCUUGCGGGCCCUGCAUCGGACAGUGGGACAGGCGCGAUGUGAAAAAAGGCGAGAAGAACACCAUCGUCACCUCCUUCAACAGAAACUUCACAGCCAGGAACGACGCCAACCCCGCAACGCACGCCUUUGUCACGUCCCCCGAGAUUGUCACUGCGUUGGCCAUCGCCGGAACUCUCAACUUUAACCCCGAGACCGACUACCUGACAGCCCCCAACGGUGAGAAAUUCAAGUUACAGCCCCCCAGUGGAGAUGAGCUCCCCGCCAGAGACUUUGACCCGGGUCAGGACACUUACCAGCACCCGCCCGCCGACGGCACGGGCCUCAAGGUGGACGUCAGCCCUCAGAGCAACCGACUGCAGUUGCUGGAGCCCUUUGACCAGUGGAGCGGCAAAGACCUGGAGGACCUGAGAGUUCUCAUCAAGGUCAAGGGCAAGUGCACCACGGAUCACAUCAGCGCCGCCGGGCCUUGGCUGAAGUUCCGCGGCCACUUGGACAACAUCUCCAACAACAUGCUGAUCGGCGCCGUCAACAGCGAGAACGACGCCAUCAACUCGGUGAAGAACCACCUGACGGGCGAGUACGGAGGCGUGCCCGAUGUGGCCCGUCACUACAAAGCCAACAGCGUGUCGUGGGUGGUGGUGGGAGACGACAACUACGGCGAGGGCUCCAGCAGAGAGCACGCCGCGCUGGAGCCCAGACAUCUCGGAGGAAGAGCCAUCAUCGUCAAGAGCUUCGCUAGAAUCCACGAAACGAACCUAAAGAAGCAGGGCCUGCUGCCUCUGACCUUCAGCAACCCGUCCGAUUAUGAGAAAAUCUGCCCCGAUGAUAAGAUCUCCAUUAAAGGACUGGAAACGUUCACUCCCGGAAAGUCUUUGAGCGCCGUUGUGAAGCACAGCGACGGCACCGAAGAUGUCCUGGAACUCAACCACAGCUUCAACGAAACGCAGAUCGAAUGGUUCAAGGCCGGUUCCGCUCUCAACAGGAUGAAGGCGCUGCAGCACUGAGGGACGGACGGAGGCAGCCGGGGGUGGGGCUGGGUGAUUUCAGGUGGGGUGGUUGGGAAGGAAACUUGUCAAGAUUAUGUCACGAUCUGCAUCGGGUAUACCUCGCGGAGAUCCUCACUUGUCACGCGUGUCCGGUCAAACAAUCGCAAUCGCUCUGCGGUCAUGCCUGCACUCCUGUUGUACAUCGCAGUACAUGACGUCUUUUUUAUGUGUGUGACGUACGCUGGCCCGGUAAGCUUUCAACUCACACGUGACAGAUUGCUGGCGUUGCCAAUAUUCUGUCACGGGUCAGAACUUGACCGCGGGAUCUUCUCCAACUUGAUCCGAUUCGUUCAGCUGUGGUGCUGUUGUGCAUGCCACAUAUUUCACGACAGCUGUGUGUGUGUGUUUGUGUGUGUGUGUGACAGUUAAGCCGACGGAACUUUUCGAAAGUAAUUUAAACCAAAUUUGUGAUAUCCGCCGAGCGUUGGUUGAAUGAUAGCAAUCCUCCGUUUUCGGAAUGUGCUUUCAAUUCUGUUGGUUAGUUGCCCUCAGUCUUUCCCACGUCAUUUUUAAGGGUCGAAUGUGAAAGAAAAAAAAAUCUACCACUCUUCUAUUUAUUUUCCAGGCUUAAGUCAUGAAAUUACUUUUUGCUCUGUGAUCUCAUAACAGUGACAUUCUCCACCCCCAACACACACAUGAAAAGUUUCCUGAGGUCUAGGAAACAAAACUGAUGUAAUACUGUUACCACUGAAUUCUGUAUCGAUGUAAAAACUGUCAAAUGAAGGUGGUUGGGAAGGAAACUUGUCAAGAUUAUGUCACGAUCUGCAUCGGGUAUACCUCGCGGAGAUCCUCACUUGUCACGCGUGUCCGGUCAAACAAUCGCAAUCGCUCUGCGGUCAUGCCUGCACUCCUGUUGUACAUCGCAGUACAUGACGUCUUUUUUAUGUGUGUGACGUACGCUGGCCCGGUAAGCUUUCAACUCACACGUGACAGAUUGCUGGCGUUGCCAAUAUUCUGUCACGGGUCAGAACUUGACCGCGGGAUCUUCUCCAACUUGAUCCGAUUCGUUCAGCUGUGGUGCUGUUGUGCAUGCCACAUAUUUCACGACAGCUGUGUGUGUGUGUUUGUGUGUGUGUGUGACAGUUAAGCCGACGGAACUUUUCGAAAGUAAUUUAAACCAAAUUUGUGAUAUCCGCCGAGCGUUGGUUGAAUGAUAGCAAUCCUCCGUUUUCGGAAUGUGCUUUCAAUUCUGUUGGUUAGUUGCCCUCAGUCUUUCCCACGUCAUUUUUAAGGGUCGAAUGUG